AUGGCGUUGUCAUCAUCUCUACGCGCGUUCAACGUCAACAGCUUUCACUGGUCUUCGUAUACCUGGAUGGGUUUAUCGAUAUUUGCAUGUGAUCAUCCACUAGCAAAAGUCGCGUCAACAACCACGUGUCUACCCUCCGCAGCUACCACAACUGGAAGCAUUACCCUAUGUCUAGCGGGAUACAGCAACAAAAGACAACAUCGCGUGUGGACGAGACGACGAGCUGACUUGAACUCCACCACAUUACUGUCUCACUCAUCUGAAUCAUCCCGUUCACGACUGCACCUACUUUCUGGAACUUUGGAGGAGCACGCUCCCUCGAACAUGGCAGAAUCAUCUGAAGACGAGGACAUCAAAGCUGCCAUAGCAUUAUCACUGACCUCUGGAAAUGAGAACGUCACCAAAGUAGAGCCGGCGAAGAACAAUAUUCGAGACACUCUGAAGUCGCUUGGUGAGGCGCGACUGGCGCGGGCUGCAGCCACUCGUAAGCGCGAGCGUUCGAUUUCGCCUCCACGGAGCUCUAGAAAGGCCCCGAAACUGGAGACGAUCAUACCKGAGACGAGCAGCACAUCUACACCGCUUCAGUACCCCAAAGGCGUCGUGAAGAAGACGUGGGCUUUCGGUCAUGUGCGCAACGGAAACGAGGUCAAACUGGAAGAGGUUCUUGAGGCUCAAACACUCCGGACUGCAGUUUUGUCUGCAUAUCAAUGGGACGUAGAAUGGGUCCUUGCAAAGUUGAAGACCCCUCUCCGAGGCGGGAUUACCAAGUGUGUCUUUGUGAUGCAGGCAAAGGAGCAAGCCGACCGAGAGCAAUGGAGACAGGAAUCAGAAUAUAUGAGCAAGUUUCUCAGGCUCUGCUUCCCUGCAAUGCACAACCCCAUCAACUGCAUGCAUUCGAAGCUCAUGCUCCUAUUCCACCCCAACAAGUUGCGAAUCGCCAUACCAACAGCCAACCUCCUCAACUUCGAUUGGGGCGAGACGGGGCAAAUGGAGAACAGUGUCUUUAUGAUAGACCUUCCCAGGCUUGCAGAAGUCGGUAAAUCCGAGGAUCUGACAUUUUUCGGGAAAGAGCUCAUGUUCUUCCUCGAARAGCAAGGCCUCGAUCAGGACAUCAGAUCAGGUGUGCUCAACUUUGAUUUCGCAGCUACAGCGGACAUGGCCUUCAUACAUACCGCGGGUGGAAUUCACUACCGCGAAGAAGCAGAACGAACUGGUCUACUUGGACUAAGUCGUGCCGUCGCCGAACUGGACCUGUGUGCAACUGACUUAGAGCUAGAUUUUGCUGCAUCGUCAAUGGGUGCGUUGAACGACAAAUACCUGCGCGAUCUUCAUACUGCUGCAAGAGGAGAUCUGAAAAACUUGGCUGCGGAAGCGGCAGCCGCAAAGKCGAAGGCCACAAAGGACUUCUUCAAACCAAAGACGGCUACGCAGACUAAAAGUCUACGUGAGACCAUCAGAAUCUACUUUCCCACCAAAGAAACCGUAAGGGCAUCAACUGCAGGUUCCGCUGGCACCCUUUGCCUACAACGAAAGUACUUCGAGGCUGGAACCUUCCCACGCAGUUGUUUUCGGGACUACAAGUCAACGAGAUCAGGCCUUCUCAGCCACAACAAGAUACUGUGUGCACGUGGAAAGAGAAUCUCGUCCAAUGGAGAAAUUGAAGACGUGGCAUGGGUGUACGUUGGCUCGUCCAACGCUUCGAAGAGCGCUUGGGGCGAGCUGCCAGCUGAUAGAUCGGUGAAGAGGAUCACCUGCAGGAAUUGGGAGUGUGGCGUGCUCAUUCCAGUGCCGAAAGACAAGUUGAGACACCCAAAAGUCGUGAGCGAGGUGAAGAUACCGACACCAGCAGGUGAGGAUUCCGAAACAGAAAGCGAGGCGGAAGAAGACGAGUCGAACCAAGAGCUGGUUGGCAUGAACGUCUUCGAAGGAAUCAUCGACCUGCCAUUCAAGAUGCCCGGCUCCUUGUACGAAGGACGCGAGCCAUACUAUUUCACAGAGGAGUGA